ACUAGCUCUCCAUGCGUCGGGGAGGUAUCACUGAAUAAUAACUGACUUGCCGCUUCCAGCCAUCCACUCGCAGAUAUACCUUUUUAGUAGCUUAAGGGUGUGAACAUUUCGACGUUCACUGCUCGGUCUUUUAAACUAGGCUACUGUAUUCGAUGAAUAUCGGGGUGGUUUCGCUCAGCAGCUCCUUGCUUGGAUAACCUUAUCGCUGUGCUGUGUGGAUGCUCUGGAUAACGGGUCUCCCUACCAUUCCGAUCAGAGCUGUCUUGGAAAUGAAAGGAAAUGAUUGACUGGACAGGCAGUGAAUGCUAGACGCACAAGUCACUGACCUCACACUGUCAACCGCAGAAGAGCAGCUGGAUGCAGUUACUCGGCCAUCGUUAAGUUGACAGGACCAUCCUGGAUUGUGGACCACCGUUUAACUACGGUGUUAUUGUUCAGCAGACGUGUCAUGGACAUACACAAGGAUUCCUCAUCUAUGUGAUUUUUGUCUGACCGAACAUUUUUUCUACAGAAUGCCAAGGCUUUCCCUUCAAAAUAUAAGGAACUAGUAUUCUGGUCAUCUUUUUUACUCUGAGAUGUUGUUGUUUUCCAACAGAGUGAAGAGGAGCCUGUAAUUGUGAUGAGGAAGACAGGGACUGUUUCUGUUCAUCAGAGGAACCCGGCAUUCAGCCUGUUAGAGCCACGAAAUCUCCAGGGGAGGAAAUAUUCUCAGACAUCACUUGGAAAUUGGAAUUUUCAAUAAGUUUUUCUCUGUUUUUCCCUUCCUUCCACCUCCCAGACAACUAAGUUUUUAAUCUACCACUACACCAUGUCUCUAUCGAAGUGGAGGAAGAUCAGGGCAUUUACUGUGUUUUCAUGCAUUGUAACUUUCACCACGUUCCUCUUCAGUUACACGUUGAGAGAUCCCUCUCUGUACUUCUUCAAAUACGCCAUCCGCAAGUCGGACAGCUUCUUCUCUAAGGGCCAGUGUGGCUGUCGACAGUGUAUGACCGAGCUGGAGGACGACCCCUGGUUCACUGAGAGGUUCAACCUGUCUGUCCAACCUCUGAUGUCUAGGAGGAACAGCCUGCUGACUGACGACACAUACCGCUGGUGGCAGUGGUUGCAGGCAGAGCAAGAGCCGGCCAACUUCAGCGAGGUGGUGGAGAAGUUGUUCCAGGUCAUCCCUGAUGCUGACCUUUACAUGGAUGCGGGCCCUGAGCGCUGUAGGACCUGUGCUGUGGUGGGGAACUCUGGGAACCUUAAGGGCUCCCGCUACGGAGCCCUCAUCGACUCCAGUGAUGUCGUCAUCAGAAUGAACAUGGCUCCUACCUCUGGCUAUGAGGAGGAUGUUGGGAGCCGGACCACCCAUCACGUCAUGUACCCAGAGAGCGCCAUAGAUCUGGACAAUACCACCAGUCUUCUGCUCAUCCCCUUCAAGACUCUGGACCUUCAGUGGAUCACCAGCGCCUUGACUACAGGCUCCAUCAAACACACGUACAUUCCUGUCCAGUCCAGGAUUAAGGCAAACAAGAACAGGGUGUUGAUAUACAGCCCGACCUUCUUUAAAUAUGUCUAUGACGCAUGGCUGGAGAGUCAUGGCCGGUAUCCCUCCACUGGCUUCCUCAGCCUAUUGUUUUCCAUUCAUAUCUGUGAUAAGGUGAGUGUGUACGGGUUCGGAGCGGAUCAGUACGGGAACUGGCACCACUACUGGGAAGAGAAUCACCAGGGAGGAGCAUUCCGCCACACCGGGGUGCAUGAUGCUGACUAUGAGUACAACGUUACCCUGCUUCUGGCUGACAAACACAAGAUCAAGAUUUUCAAAGGCUUCUGAUGUCUGGAGAUGUUACUGGCCUGAGACCAUCAAGCCUCUUGAAUGAAAUUCUGUCGACUCAGAGGUUAACCACUGGGUAUAAACUGGUUGAAUCAACAUUGUUUCAACGUAAUUUGUCAACGUAUUGUGACGUGGAAUCUGUGUAAAAUUCAUUGGAUUUGCAAAAAGUAAUCAACUGUUGUUUUGAGGGUGAAAUUUCAACCACAGGAUUUUGUCAUCAUUGUAACCAAUGUUCAACAUAGACAAAGCUUGUAUAAAAUAUGUUGAAUUUGUACCUUUUGAAACAAUGUCAGAUAUUCAAUGUUAUAUCCAUUAUCAGGAGAAAAAAACUAUAGCUGGGCAGCAAAUCCUUCUGGAAAAUUCUACAGCUAUCUAUAGCUAUUCCUUUGGUCUCCCAUCCUGCUAAGCUUUGAUAUGUCACUGACAACCCCCCCCCCACA